GCGGGCGGCCGGGGGGACCCUGACCCCGGGGCGGGGGCCGGGAUCUCCGAGGGAAGCCCGGCCCGGCCCGGCGCGGCCCGGCGGCGCUAUCUCCCACCAUGUGGUUGGGCUGCCGCCCAGCGGGGCAGCGCGGGGCCCGGGUCCCCCCCGACGGGGGGCCCCCACCAGGUGCCUCGCUCGGGCACUCCCCCGCCUGUCCCCUCCCCUCCCCUCCGCGGGCCCCUCCCCCAGCCCCCGAGGUGCCGCCGGCGCGGGCUGUCGCGGGAGCUGCCGCCGCCGCGCCGGGCGAGGAGGGCACGGAAGAGCCGAGUGGCAGCCGCAGGCAGCAUGGUGCCCCCCGGCCCCGGCGCCGUCCCGGGAGAGAGGCGGAGCGCGGCGGCGGCGCGGCAGCAGCAAGCGGGGUCCGGCAGGUGCUAGGUGCGCGCCCACCUGCUGCAGCCGCGCACGCCGGAGAGGGGCGGGCGGCCGAGCGGGCGCCGCUGGCCCGGAGCCGCGCUCCGCGGAGCCUUGAUUGGGCUUCCCGGCGGCUGCCGCUCAUGCCACUCGGGCGAGCAGUGCGCGGCAAGUGGCAGGAGCUGCCAGUCACGGGCGGGGAGCCUCCCGCCCCCCCCGCCUCCGUCAGGUGCGCGCCGCUGUGAGCAUGCCAGCCCUGGCGCCGCCGCUCCGCCGCGCUCCGGCCGGGCCCGGGGGCCAGAGCCGGGCCUAGGGCAGGGGCAGCGUCGCCGGCCGCCGGCUGCCACAGCGCCGCUUCCCUGCCCGGCACCCCGAUGCCCUGACCGUGCCUCCGGCGGGGGAAGCCGGGCCGCGCUGCACUUGCCACGGGAGCCCCCCCGCCCCGCGCGCCCAGGUGACCGGCUCGGACCCGCGCCCGCCCGGACUCGCCUCCAGCCUCAGGCUUUUCUUUUUUGGGGAAGGACUCGGCCGCCUCCCUCCCUCCCCCGCCCGCCAGCCCGCCCGCCCGCCCGCCGGGCGCUCAUCUGUUGCUGAACGAGCCGCUCCCCCGCCCCACGCCCGCUCCGGCUUCCCUGGAUGGAUGCGGCCGCCCUGCCCGGCUCCCCCGCGCUCUGCCCGCCGCGCUCCUAGUUCCCCGGGAGCUCCGUGCUCCGUCCGACCCGCGCCUCGCCUCGCCUCGCCUCGCCCAGGGCUGGCGGCUGCCGCCGAGCAUGCAGCACCCCCCCCGCGUGAGGAUCCGGCUGGCUGCGAGGUGGCUGGAGCGACCUGCCUCCUAGAUCGCCGGACUUGGGGCCGCUCGCCCGUCUCGCCCCGCGGUCGCGCCCGCCCUCCCCCGUCCCCUCCCUCGCACUCGAGCGCCUGGACCCGGGGACUGGCGGCGCGCCCCCCUUGCCCCCGCGGGCUCCCCCCGCCCCCCCGGGUGUGAAUCCCCGGCUCCCGCUCCCUCUGCCUCUCUCCGGCCGUGUGGAAAUUUACAAUAAGUCCGCGGGGGAGGCGGAGCGGGGGGGAACAUGGAAGAGAAGCUGCAGGCGCAUCAGGUUGAGAUCGACCCGGAUUUUGAACCCCAGAGCCGGCCGCGCUCCUGCACCUGGCCUCUCCCUCACCCCGACUUCCCCGGCGAAGAGGAGGAUGGAGGCGCGGCGGCCGGCGGCGGCGGCGGCCCCAAAGCCCUGGCGGCCGGGGGAGGAGCGGGCGAGGGCGCGGAGAACGCGGGCGCCCUGGCCGAGCGCAAAGCCGGCCCGGCGCUGCCUGCCCUGGGCGCGGACGCUGGACAGCUCCGCAAGGCGAAGACCUCCCGGAGGAACGCCUGGGGCAACCUGUCCUACGCGGAUCUGAUCACCAAAGCGAUCGAGAGCUCCCCGGAGAAGCGCCUCACCCUCUCGCAGAUCUACGACUGGAUGGUCCGAUACGUGCCCUACUUUAAGGAUAAGGGAGACAGCAACAGCUCGGCCGGGUGGAAGAACUCGAUACGGCACAACCUGUCCUUGCACACCAGGUUCAUCCGUGUGCAGAACGAGGGCACUGGCAAGAGCUCCUGGUGGAUGCUGAACCCUGAGGGGGGCAAGACUGGUAAGACGCCUCGCCGGCGGGCAGUGUCCAUGGACAACAACAGCAAGUUCCUGAGGAUCAAAGGGAAAGCCAGCAAGAAGAAGCAACUCCAGGCCACGCAGGAGCGUGGGGAAGACAGCCCAUCCUCCCAGCAGGCCAAGUGGUCCGAGAGUCCUGCAUCCCAUGCCAGUGAUGAGUACGAUGCCUGGGCCGACUUCCGGACGCGGGCCAAUUCCUCGGCCAGCACAAUGAGUGGGCGCCUCUCACCGAUUAUGGCCAACCAUGAGCCAGAUGACCUGGAGGAUGAUGAUGGGACACCAUCCUCCCCACUGAUGUACCCCAGUCCAUCCAGCACCAUGUCUCCCUCCCUGAAUACCAGGUGCUCUGUGGAGCUGCCCCGGCUGACUGACUUAACUGGCACCAUUAACCUGAAUGAGGGGCUCGGGGAGAGCCUCCUGGAUGACCUGCAGGACAACUACAGCAUGAGCCCUUCCCAGCAGCUCCCCUCAGGAGCCCUCAGACAGAGAAGCUCCAGCUUCACCUUCAACUCCAAGUGCUCAACCAUGGGGGCUGCCACCAACACAUACUGUGGGACUAUCUAUAGCCAGCCAGCCAUGAACUUGAUGCGGCGUCUGCCCAUGCAGACCAUCCAGGAGAACAAGCAAGCCACCUUCUCACCCGUCAGCUCAUACAGGAAUGCCUCACUGCAGGACCUGCUGUCCUCUAUCUCCUACACGCACAAAGAGAGCAUGGCCCAGGGUGACCUGCCCAUGUCUCAAGCCAGCACCAUGGUGCAGUCCCGCAGCCACAGACAGAACGCCCUUAUGUGUGGAGGUGGGGAUCAGGGCUUAGCCUCUUACCCUGCCCAUUCUGCCUCCCUAAUGAAGAACAACACUUUGUAUCACCCGUCACCAGCCAGUCACCAUCCUGCUGUCAACAACAGUGCCUUACCUAAUCCUGUCAGCCUUAUGAGCUUGCCUAGUGACACAUGCAGCAUGGCAGCCAUGCCCCAUCAUGGGCAUCUCCAUUCCUACGCUAAUAACCAAGGGGCACAUGUGAGCUUGCUGGAUUCCCUACAGGGCCCCUACCAAGGGGCCAUUCACCCCCCGGUUUUGGGCCAAGACAGGUUCCCAGCAGACCUUGACCUGGACAUGUUCAAUGGCAGCUUGGAGUGUGAUGUGGAGUCCAUUAUUCUUAAUGACUUUAUGGACAGUGAUGAGAUGGACUUUAACUUUGACUCGGCUCUUCCACCACAGAAUGGUCUCAACAUGCCCUCAUUGCCCAGCGCCCCUCAACCCACCAAUCAGAGCUGGGUGCCAGGGUGAUGCCCACCCAGAUUUUCUCCAUCAAGCAGUCACAAGGGGAACAUUGAAACAAACUUUUUUUUCUUUUCUCUUCUGCCUUUAUUUGUUAAGACAGGCUAGAGCCAUCCGUUUAAACUUGAGAUCAACACUAAACACAAACCAUAGGUAAAACAUCAAUACAGGCAUAGGACACAGCCCCAUCCAUUUCCAGGUACAGUACUGCUGGGUGCUCCAGACAAGCCACCUCCAGAAUCUGCUGGAGAGCUGCAACUCCCAUACCAGCUUCUAGACCUCACGCUGUAAAAAUAAGAGAGAGCAGACAGGCAUGGGUGCAAAGGGCAGCCUUAUUCAAUCCAGACUGGUUAGGCAGGUUCCCUAGCUCACUGUGCCAUUUGUGAAGUUCCUUAGCAAGUCAGGCUGGGUGUCUGGGUCCAAAGGGAUUUCCAUUUGUUGGGAUAACCUUUCCAAAUUGCCCACAGUGGUGGCUCACCCGUUGCUGUAUGCUGCCACUUGAUUUGAUUUCCCCUACUCUUUACAUCUGCUAGCCUUGUGCUGGGUGGGGGAGCCUGCUGUAGAUGUAGUGUCCUGUAGCAGGGUACCUUAAUCGGGUCCACCCCCCCACCCCCCGCCCCUUUAGAAGGGCUUGUUUUAAUCUGAGCAUCUUCAGACACUUAAGUACCAAUUGCAAGUAAAAUGAUCUCCUCUACUCAAGGGAGGCUCACCACAUUAGCAAGACCCCUUGCUGUGUGUCAACUAAAUCAGCUGCAGUCUGCAGCCCCUUCCACCCACCAAGUCCAUACAAAAAUUAUGGAUUUCCUUGUACUGCUUAAAACAUGUUUGGUUACCUGAUGGCAAGCUGGUGAGCAAGCGAAAGCCUGUGAACUGUGUAGAUCUAGCAGCUGGUACAUGUUGGCAGCACCCACGUACAUGGGGCCUGCUCCAAAGUUGGCUUCUGGCUUCUGAUCUCAGCCAACUUUGUGGAUGGCCACAUUUUCAGCCUUGGUGCCUGCAAGAAAAACACCAAUAACUGGCAAGUUGCCUGUAUAAUGCACAUGUGUGCACAAGCAAAGCAGGUGCUUUACCAUGGCUGCACACUCAAAUACCUGUUCUUUGGGCCCACUGUACUGUGCUAGGAGCUGGCCCUGUGUUGGGUGCUCUGCUAGCCUGGCCCCUCUACUCCAGACUGGCUGAGAGGAGGUCAAAGAUAGGGGCUUAUUUAUCUGAUUUCAUGCACUCUCUUGCCAUGGAAUAAUAAUAUGGUUCGAAAAGCAGCUAGAGGAGAGCUCUGCUGAGAACUGCCUUCUGCUCUCAGACCGGUGACAGGGUAAAUGAAUGGACACAGACAUUGUGGGUUCAUAUCAGGAGUCUGCUCCAGCCACAGUGUUGAGAUCUGGAGGUGGGACUAGCUCAGGGGGUCUUGGCUCUGGAAGCAUUUCAAAACUUGGGUCUGGAUUGCAAUGUGAAAUGGCUCCAGAAUUGGGGCAGCUCCGCUCCAGGGUCUCCGGCUUCUCUAUGUCCCCUUGGAGGGGGCUUAGGGUUCUAAUGUUUCUACUGCCAUCCUGCACUUUAGUAUUGUGCCCCUGGGUUUCCACAUUAGUUUAACCUAUGUUACCAUUCCUGCCCCAUGGGUUACUGUGCUGGGUCUGGGCAGGUUGCCAUAAAGCUUGAACCUGGGGACUGCCAGCCUAUGGCAGUGAGUGAGAGAGAGAGGCAGGUGCUCGCCAAUCUCAGAAGCCCCCAAGGUAAAAUAUUGGGUUCUAACAGUGUAAGCCCAAGGGAGGGACUGCUUUGCACCUGGGCAAAUGCUGCCAUAGGCACAGGACAGCUGAGCUGGCCCAGUAGGCAACAGCAGUUCAAAGAGCACAGGGAUGCUAAGCAGGGGAUCAGCUUUCAUGGGGAGGGGAGGGUCCUCCUCACAUUCAGCAAGAAUGGUGCCAGCCCAGUGCUUCUGGGCUGGGGCCCAAUGGGGACUCUGAAUGGGGCCAGCCAGCCUGAUAAAGUCUUAGCUGGGGGGGGAAAGCAGCAGUAAUACUGCUGGAGCUGGCCACUGAGGGUGCUGGUGAUAAAAUUAAAGCUGUGCAGAACUUCCAGCUUCCUGACCAGUGCAGGCCUGAGCCCAGCCUGCCCAGAGCCGUGUCUAAGCACUGCAGGCAGCAUCUGCCUCCAUACUGAGUCAAACUUACACCCGGUCCAAGUGUUGCAGCCUGAGCUUCCCCAUGCAGUUCCCUGUGGCCCUAGCUCUGGUGCUGAGCUUCAAAAUGAAAUGGAGUUCCUGGAUCUGGUGCCCAGCUCCUGCAAACUCUACUGAGGUUUGCUUUGGGUUUUCCAGUCCAGUUGACACUGAACCUGGCACAAGCUGGGUGAGGCUGCCGGAUCACCAAAGAGCCCAGGAGAGCCAUAACCAUUAGAUGCCAAGGUGGCAAAGUGCCUCAUCAUUAGGGACCAGGGACUCCCUGACUCCAUGGGGCUGCCUGGCUGUAGCUAUGAUGAAUCCUUCCCCAUGGGCCUGUGUCCCCUUCAGUGUGGAAAGGACACUUUUGGUCCAGGGCUCCAAGGCUUGCGAUCUAGAUUCAGGCUUACCUGGUUCUGAACAGACAGAGAUCCAUGGAACUGAGUACAACAGGUGGGUUGGAGUCCUGACUCUGAUGCCAGGGGAGGGCUGCCUUCCCUAGGGGAUUGGCUCCCCUCUCCACCCUGAAGCUCGCUCUUCUUUCUCUCAUGUAUGUCACUGGCUUUUCCAUGAGUCCCCAGGGCUCCUCUAGGAACAGAGAAAGAAUUCAUUCAUUACCAACUGAUUAUUUUUUUCAGUCCCAUCCCUUUUCCAUUCCCUUCUCCCUGCCCUCAGCAUUAUCUCAUGUGCAUCAAGGUCCAGGCAACAUGUCCCAGUCGUGGCAGCUGCUUCUUGCCUGGGGAAAGGCAGUACCCUGUGGGCGGGCAUAUCCAGUUGUCCCCCUUACCCAGUGAGGUUCCAUCUGGUACCCAAACUGCCCAACAUGUUUGCAGUGGAUAAUCACAAGGAAGCCCCAUGUACCAUUGAUCACCUUUGCUCCAGGUACAUAGCAGUCGUAGUCUAUUUAUAAAGACACUAAAGGUUAAUUAAUUAUGUUUACAUUGUUUGAUCAUGUACAGAAUUUAAUAUAUUCUAUGAUAUAUAAUCUUUCUUAAAUGCUUUUUUUUAAAAAAAGUUACUAUUUUGUUGAGAAAAUUAAUUCAUUCAUUUUAUACAUUCAGAUUUCGUUUUCAGACACAUUUGAUUAGUCAAAAACAGAAAUUAAUAACAACAAGUGGUUACUUAAUACCCUGCCAUGCACCCGGGGGGUGGGGUGGAGGUGCCAAGGACUGUCAGCUAGGUGCCUGGCACCUUUGACUGACCUCCUUGCCAUGAUGAUGCUGGAGACUGAGGGCUGGGGCCCCUUACAAGUGCUGUGAGCAUUUGGGUGUGGCUGUGUCCUAACUGUCCUUCCAUGCUUGGGGCAAAAGGGAAGGGAUCUAGUUUCUUCCAGACAGGUGAUCUUCCAGACAUGCAUCUAACAGCACAAUAGAGGGCAGAGGCAUUCAGAGAUGUGCCACCUGCAGGUAGCAUUAUGGUCUCUGCUGACACUGGCCAGGCACUUGGGGCCUCUGGUUAUUUUGUAGGAAGGCAGAUUGAUGGAUACAUCUUUGGUGGCUGGGCAGGUGGCAUGGGUUGUCACAGUCCAUGCCCAGCUUGGCUUUGCCUCAAGUUCUCUGUUCCUUUUGGACACUCUGAUUUUUGCUUUUGCUGGUGGGGAGGGGAGCGGGGAGGAGAGGGGCAGCAUGGGGAGAAUCCGAAAUACUGGAGGUAAACUCUACCCAUCUGUCUGAAUCUGGCUGCUGUGUAACAGGCAUCCUGACACUCAGCUGGCUUAGGUCUGUGGCCUGGCUCUGCCCUGUGCUGGUACAGUUUCACUAGGAUGCUUGGAGCUGAGCAUCAGGGACUUCAUCCGUCUUAGACUAGCCCCUGCUCCCUCCAAACCUUAGUUACUGGCUGUCCCUGCUUUCUACCCCUGCUACACACUUCCUAGAGUGCAUUGCUGAUGGGUAAGGGGAACAUUUGAGCUUACACCUGGCAGUAAACUUUCCUCUUUGAGUAAAGGGGAAGAGGAACGCGGAAGCCCCUGGCAGGUCUGGAGAGCCCCUUGGCCACACUUGGUCCUGAGCCAUCCUAUAGCACUGAGAGGUAGCUGCAUCAGCAGCGGGGUGAGGCGGUAGUAAGAGAAAAGACCCCUCUCCUGUGCCUCCCAGGCCUGCCAUGCUCCUCCCCACUCAUCCUGUCCUCCUUCCCUGCCCCGCAGUGUGUUUGACCUGGGAAUCCACCCCCAGGCACGUCUUAUUGCAAAGGUGUCUUUGUGGUUCGUGACCGUGGGGUUGUUGUGUGUGCGGUGGAGUCGUGUUGGUAAGCGUCGUGUAUACCGUCAUUGUGCAGUGCAAGGGGGGGCUGGGCAGUGGGUGGAGAGCUGGGCAGGUCAUUUGGUCACCUGAGAGAGCCCAGUGAUGCCUGAGUCUCCAGGGAAGGACCUGUUCAGCUUCAGGUGUGUGAAGAUGAUGUUAGGUAGAGGGCUGGGACCAGCUGGAGUGGAAGCCAAAAUGUAGCAAUGGUUUAGAGGUGACUUCUGCAACACCUAGGGCAGGACAGACAGGUGGCCCCAGGAGAUUGGAAGGGAGUGCAGCAGGCAAGAUAGGGUAGGGCCUGUGUGCAUGGGGCUAGGACGGCUCAGGGACGGGGAAAGAAGAGAUGUUGAGUGCCAUAGCAUCAGGGAUGCAGGUGGGGGGAGGGUGAAAAAAUGAAGGGUCACUUUGGAAACAAAAAUCCAUCUCUGGGUUGGCCUUUCCCAAAUUCUGUGGCUCAUGCUCUCCAGGAUGGUCUGAGGCCAUCUGUCUGCAGAUUACACCCAGUACCUGGGGGUGGAAAAUUGCUCCCCUUGGCAGAGCUGCAAGUCAUUGGCCAAGGCUCCCCAGACUCAAUCAGUUUGCAAGGGUCUCCCAACAACCCUCAUAAGCAGGCAGUUAUAAGGUGCUUCUUGGCUUGCCCCAAGCAGCCAUGCAGGCCGGGCCCAAAGUGGCCAGAUGCUUUUACCUCAUGUUGACUGCAGGGAAGACCAGGUCUGGGAAGGUCAUGAGCUGGCCAUGCUGUCUUCUACGCUGUGCCUGACCAGAGGAGGGAACAACUAUACUUAGCCUGGACUAGUUCACUGCUCUCUGUCAUGAUGAGGACAUGGCAGUUCUCUGCCCACAUGAGGCAUUAUCUGGACAUGGGAUCUAGUCUGAACAAUAGUUGUAGCAUACCUGGAGCCAAGGAACCAGUUCUGCAGCCCCACAUAGUAGACCCCAGGAGCUUGGCUUUUAACAUUGCGGGAAGCACAGGGAAGGGGCAGGUUGGGUCUUAGUUUUCACUGCUUUGAGUUGGAGAAAUCUGCGGCUGAUGUUCAAGUUUUAUUUUAAAUUCUCUCUCUGGAAAUGACUUCCAGACCACAGGCUACAACCCCUCCCUUGUAGGAAGCUCCUCUUCUGGUCAUGGCCAUCCAGACCAUAGCCUGCCAGCUCAUUCCAGUGAGGAUGGAAGCCAUGUCUGUCCCCCUCUGCCUAAGUACAGCUGUUCUGCCUAGAACUUCAUACCCUAGUCUCUCAGAUCAGCUCCCUUGGCUUCUGGUGGUCCCUGGCUGCAGUGACCCCGACACUACCCCAGACAAGGAGCGAUCUGGUAGAGGAGAAGGCUCUACGGAGAAGGGAGGGUGCUCUGGAGUGACCAGCUCCAGCAGUUUGCUUUAUACAGAUGUUUUGGUUCAUUCUUUCCCUCAUAUUUAUAACUGUACAGACUUGGGGGGAGGGUUUCUGACAGGCUGUUAUCUCUCACCGCACAUAUAUUGUAGGCGAUGUAACCUUCUUGAUUGUGCUAUUAGAGUUUGUGUAUGUGGCAAUGUAAAGAACUGUGUAUAGUGCAUUGUACAGCAUAUUUUCAUGAAUAAAAUUGUUUUAAAUAUUA